CUUGAUUCAAAAGUCUAGAGCUCUGCAGUUGAAGACAAGGAGGGAAGCAGAGCAUAGCAAAACCUCUGUAGAGGCUUUAACAGGGUUGUAGACCUCCUUGCAAGCUAUCCAUGGCCGGCCCUGUCACGUCCUCGCACCGAGUUCACAAGCGCUUACUUUCGGAUCAACAGAAGCGCAGAGAAUUGGCUUUGCAGCGUCAGAGCCACAACCGCCAGGACUCACAGCUGCAAGCAAGGCGCCUCGCUUCUGCCUUGCUCUCCUCUCCACCUGAAGAAGAGGACCAGCAUAUCCCUGAUCAGCAGCAGCCAUUAGAUGAUGUGGUGAACAGCGCGAGGAGUAACGAUGGGGACGCAUAUUUUACUGCAGAGGAAGAGGAGGCCACGUCGUCAGGAAGUUCCAAGGCAGUUGAUAAGAUAGAGGCGCACGAGGCCACUAAGCUCAAGGGGGCGAGCGCACGCCACUGGUUCUCUCGCCAAUUUAUGCUGCCAGAGUGGAUGGUCGAUAUUCCGCCCCGCCUUGAGCAAGAAUGGUAUGUCUUGCCAAGACCUGCAGGCAAACGAUGCCUUGUGGUUUCUUCUCAUGGUACAACAAUAAGCAGGCUUCGCAAUGGACGGGUUUUACAUUGCUUCCCAUCAGCUUUGCCAAAUGGUGCAAGAAUAAAAAAUAUUGCUGGCCCAAGUCACAUGUUUUGUAUUCUUGAUUGCAUUUUCCAUGAGCCAAAUCAAAGUUAUUACAUAAUUGAUAUUAUCUGUUGGCGAGGAUACUCAUUAUAUGACUGCAGUGCCGAGUUCCGAUUCUUUUGGUUGAACUCAAAAAUUGCAGAAACAGGGGCUUGUGAAGCUCCUUCCAUACACCAUCGGUAUCAGUUCCAUGUUGUUCCUAUUUAUGAUUGUGAUCGGGCAGGAUUGCAGGCUGCUUACAGUGGUCCACUGCCUUAUGUCAGGGAUGGACUUUUAUUCAGUAAUAGACAUGCACAUUAUGAGUUGGGCCUUUCUCCACUAAGUCUGGUCUGGAAGGAUGAGAAUUGCAGUCAAUACUUUUUGGACACUGAUAAGAUGGGAGUUGUUCCAACUCAUCAGCAUAUCGUUUUGGAAUUGAAAGAAGAUGGAACAGUUGGUACAAUAGAUGAUCCCCCAGUUAUUCUAGCAAGCAUGCCUGCACAAUUUGUUGCACAGAAUAACAAGCAUCUGAAACCUGGGAGUCUUCUACGGUUUGUGGUUGGUAAUCAGGGCCUGCAUAUUGUUGAUGGAAAGCCCACAUUGGCUGACUUGCACUUUGAGGGUACUGUUCAUGCUCGUGCUUUUGCAGACAGCUGCUCAAAGAUUCUUUUCCAGUAUGCAGCUCGGCAUUCACCUCUGACUAUUGAAGAUUUACUGUCAUCUAUUGAUUCCUCUGAGGAAUGUGAUACAGUUAUGGCGGACUAAGCAUCUAAAUGCCUAAUUUAUUGCCCAUUGCAGAUUUAAAUGCUUAUUCCUGGGUUAUGGCUUAACCCUAGAAGAGAUGCAGUGCAAUGCUCAAGCAUCUGCAGAUGUGGCAUAAUUGUUGUACUAUGGUAUAGACAUGCCCUUUAUAGCAUUGGAAUUGGGAUUGUCAUACACGAGGUUUCAAAGUAGGAGCUGGACAUUGACAUUGAAUGAUAUAAAAUGAACAGUUGCAAGAUAUAGUAUUCUUAAUGUAUUGACAAAAUUGAGGCUUUAAUUGUA